UGGGGGGGGGCAUAAAGGAACUGUUUAUGCACCAGAACUGAGACGGCGAUAGUGAAAGACGUGCAUUGUUUAGUCAUACAAAAAGCGUGCGACAGAAAACACAAGCAAGACAGUGGGGUCUCACUAGGGCAGCAUAGAGUGGGCCCCUCUGGAGGAGAAGAGAGGAGCGAGAGAAGGGCUCUGUGUGUGUGUAUGUGUGUGUGUGUAUGUGUGUGUGUGUACGUGUGUGCAUGUGCGUGCAUUUAUGUGCUUGUGUGUGUGUGUCUCCGUGUGCAUGCUUGUGUGUGUGGGAGAGAGAGAGAGAGAGAACACAAGCGGAAUAAUGCAGCCUAUUAAUAACCCUCUUCCCAGCCCAGAAAGCACAGCCGUAAAGUUGGCGUUCAAAAAUAGCAACCUGAAAAACCUAGCAAAAAAAGACACUCAUGUCCCUAGUUUCACUUUUAAAGAAUAAAACAAACAAAACAACGACAACAAACAAAGCGUCGUUGUGUUUGCAGGUUAGAGUUCACAACGGCAACCGGACAGGCUACCUGGGGAAAAAGUAAAGUUGUCUGAGAGAAAAAUAUAGCAACCUGAAAACCCCAGGGAAAGAGACGCUCAUUUCCCCAGAUUCACUUUGAAACAAUAAAACAAACAAAACCAAAACAACAGCAAUCAAAACAUCUGUGUUGUUUGCAGUUUAGAGUUCAUCGUGCCGACCUGGCAGGCCUGGUCACAGUGGGAAAAAUUAAAGUAGUCGGAGAACAAAAUAUAUCAACCUGAAAACCCCAGCAAAACAAAAUCUCAUUUCCCUAGAUUCACUUUGAAACAAUAACAAUGAACAAACAGUAACCAGCAGCAAACAAAGCAUUGUUGUGUUAGAGUUAGCGUUAGAGACGUGGUAGAGUUAGGUUAGAGUUCACUGCGGCGGCGACCUGGCAGGCCAGGCCACAAUGGGAAAAAAGUGUGUGUGCUGUAAAUACCGAAGCGAGACUAGAUUAGGAGUAAUGAGCCUGGGAAUUGGGCUGUGGGAGGAGCGUCAUGGAGGGCCCAUGAGAGAGAGAGAGAGAGAGACAGAGAGAGACAGAGAGAGACAGACAGACAUAAACAGAGAUGGAGAGAGAGAGAGAGAGAGAGAGAGAGAGAGAGAGAGAGAGAGAGAGAGAGAGAGAGAGAGAGAGAGAGAGAGAGAGAUGUAUGUACUAUCGGCGGUUCCCAAAGACUGGUUCAGGACUCACAUAUCCACAUGUCGGUUGUGGAAGUUUUCCACGUUUACAGUCAUCCUAUCUGUCUCCCUCUAAACAAACAAAAAAACGAGUACUGUGUGCUGUAGAUGCCAUCCUUUGCUGAUGUCCCAUGAGGCAUGUCCUCAUGUCCCCACGUCCCCAUGCCAUGUCCCUGGUGGAAGCCCCAGUGAUGGCCUACACAGAUUGCACUGAGGGCACAUAGAGACAGAGAGAGAGAGAGAGAGAGAGAGACAGACAGACAGACAGACAGACAGACAGACAGACAGACAGACAGACAGACAGACAGACAGACACAGAGAGAGAGAGACAGAGAGUAGAUCAGUGGUUCUCAAACUAUUUCAGAUGGUACCCCAUUUUGGCCCUAAAAAACAUUUUCGUGACCACCAUCCCACAUUUAAAAAAAAUACAUAUCCAUUUCCUCACUACUAUUAUUAUUGAUCCAUUUUAAUUUUAAGUUCACGGGAACAUUAUUUUGACUUACUAACCAUACAAGUGAAUAAGCAGUUUAUGGAAUGGUUAUAAUACUGCAUAUGAAAGCAUAUAUGUACACGUAGGUAGGCCUAACUUAAUUCAGAGUGGCUGUGCACCAGUCGUCUCUUGUCUAUGCGACCCUCCUGCAGUACAACUUCCUCCUCCCUCACAGUACAUCCUUGCCCCCAGUUUGGGAACCCCUGCGGUAGACGACAUGCUUGUCUGAUGCAUCAGAGGCCUGUCCGUGUCCCGAUGCCAUGUCCCUUGUGGAAGCCCCAAGCUAGCAGUGAUGGCCUACACAGAUAGCAUGUUGUAGCAUUGUUGCUAUCUCUGUAGCCUACCGUCAUUACUGGAGCAAUCACGUCGGAUCUUUUUGUGACAUCCUGUCUUUGCUAGAGCUAUCACGUCAUAUGUCAUCGCUGCAACAGAAAUAAGUGGAAAUACAAAAUAGCUGGCUUUAGUGCAGCUUUCUACACAGUACAUGUUCUGUGUUCAACGCCUACAGAAAAGUGUUCAUUUCUGCUUUCUGAGUGUAAUAUAACAUGUUGCAGUGUCAAUGCAACACAGAGUUUGAAGAGUUUGUUUUCUUGUCUAUAGUACAGUAUAUGUAUAUUUGGUUUUACUCACUAAACUUUUUAAACAAAGCCCCUGUUAUGAACUCCCUGUGGGUAGCUUGUAAAGUAUUGCUAAAGACUGUCUAAUGUAGUGGUAAUUAGCUACGUUUACAUGACAUUUUUAAUUCCGAACGAAUCAUUCAGAAUUAAAUAGCUCGGUCGAAUUCCCUAUGAUCUUUCAUUUAAUUCCGAACUGUGAAAGGUUUUCAAAGCGAAAUUAAGCUUUCUUCAGAAUUAAAAUUAGUUAAUUCUGAAUUAAAUGUGCCAUGCAAACGUAGCCAUUGAGUCUCUUUCAAUGGCUAGUACAAGGAGGUUACACCAGCAUAAGGCAACGCAUUACGAGGAUAAGUGUUAAGUGAACACUGCAAAAAUCUACUUUGUAGGAUAUAGCUGGAUGGGGUAACGCAAGACAGAAGAAAGUUGUUUAGAUGUAAGGACUCAUUAGGCCAGGGACCAAACAUAGAACAGUGUUUUCGAAUCGUCAAGUCCCGCCAGGGAGACUGAAACUGUGCGCAAAUUGGUCUGUGUCAAUGUGAUCCGCUGCUGUUAUUUAUUAAUUUGCUGAAUUCUCCCUGGGUCACUUUCCAGCUCUUUGAAGCUCUCUCUAUGCUGUGUGGUUUUUUUGGAUGAGUGUGUCCCAGUGGUGCUGCUGCUUCCAUUUAACCAUGUUCAAUAUUCCAAGACUUGCAUAUUUUGGGGGGAGUUGGAGAUCGAAAAGGGACUCCUGUUGCCGAAGCUUUACUCUCUCUGUUAAAGUGAGUGAGAGAGAUCGAGAGAGAGAUAGAGAGAGAGAGAGACAGAGAGAGAGAGAGAGAGAAAAGGAGAGGCGGAGAAAGGCUCUGGUGUCUAACAUAUUACCUUUCAGCCUUCAGGUGGGAAGCCAUCUGAUUGGUCCCCUGGUAGCAACAUAGUACAGUGGGGCGGCCUCUCUCCCCCCCUCUGGCUGCUGGAUUCAAUCACAAUGCAAAGCAUUGUGGGGGAAAUGCAGGUGUAGAUGUAAUCUUUAGCUCCAGUCAGUCUAUUUGGGUUUCAUUCCUUUUCUCUCUCUCUCAUCCCCCUGCUCUCUCUCUCUCUCUCUCUCUCUCCGUCUCUCUCUCUCUCUCUCUGUCUUUUUUGUCGUCUACCUCGUUCUGCCUCUCACUCCUCCGCUGCAUCGCACGCUGCUUGCUGUUUUUAUCUGCCGUCCUCUUGUUGGAAACAAACUCGUAUCGGGGGGAUCGCUUUCAUCUCCCGUGUUCAGAGGCAGCGGCUCGCCUCGCCUCGCCUCGCGGGGAGAAUGCUGAUCUCCCCAGAAACGGCGGGGGUGGUAGCGGUAGCGGCGCUAGUGGAGGCAGUGUAGGCAGUGGUGGCGACGAGCCGUGCACGUUGACCGAGUCACAUAUUUACAUGACACCUGUGUAAACAGCGAAACCCGGCGAGACGCGGGGAGGAGGGCGGCCGGUAUGGCCGUACGUUUCCAGAGACAGACCUCAGGAAUGGAGGAGACAGUAUGGGAGCAGUACACAGUGACACUACAGCGGGACUCCAAGAUGGGUUUCGGGAUCGCGGUGUCAGGGGGGCGCGACAACCCAAACGCAGAGAGCGGGGAGACGUCCAUCAUCGUGUCUGACGUCCUCCAGGGCGGACCAGCCGACGGCCUACUCUAUGAGAAUGACCGCGUUAUCCAGGUCAACGCCAUCCCUAUGGACAACGUGCCCCACUCCUUUGCAGUGCAGCAACUCAGAAAAUGUGGGAAAGUGGCCAAGAUUACGGUGAAGCGUCCUCGUAAGGUCCCCUUCCACGCCCUGAAGCGCCCCCCGUCCCCCGGCCAGGACAGCCGCAUCUACAACAGCUCGGGCUACUACGCCGACGACGGCCGCAGCAUCCACAGCGCCGGCGGUGACAACGACCCCGGCUGGAGAGGAGGAGGAGGAGGAGGCGGAGGAGGAGGAGGAGGAGGGGGCAGCAACAACGGCGGCCUGGGCUACCCUCGUGAGCCCCGCGACCACAGCCUGGAGAAGGGCCGCAGCGGGGGGAGCGGAGGCGGCGGCGGCGGAGGCAACUACCUGGAGCCCGGAGACUACGACCGCACUUACCGGCGGGAGCCCAGCAGGGGGCGCAGUGCGGAGCGCUCGCCCAGCCCCACCGACAGGGGCUACCGGCGGGACGGCAGCAGGGGCCGCGCCCUGGAGAGGGGCCACAGUCCGGAGCCGCGCUACCAGAGGGAGCGUAGCAGGGGCCGGGGGAGUGGCAGCCCUGCCGGGGGCGGUAGCGGUGGUGGUGGAGGUGGGGGGUAUGACACCCGGCGUUACGACGAGCGGCCGGCAAGAAGUCAGAGUCGCGACCGGCUGCACGAGCACUCGCCUGCCCUCAGCCACCGCAACCAGCACCAUCACCUGGAGCCGCUGGAGAAGCCCGUCAACGUGCUGCUGGUCAAGAACCGGCCCGACGAAGAGUACGGCCUCCGCCUCGGCAGCCAGAUAUUCAUCAAGGAAAUGACCAGCACAGGCCUCGCCGCGCGGGACGGAAACCUGCAGGAGGGUGACAUCAUCCUCAAGAUCAAUGGGACAGUCACGGAGAACCUGUCCCUGAACGACGCGGGGAAGCUCAUCGAGAAGUCUCGCGGCAAGCUGGAGCUGGUGGUGCAGCGAGACCGCAGUCAGAUCCUCAUCCGCAUGCCAGCGCUGGUCGACAGCGACUCGGAGCCGGAUGACCUGUCUGAAAUCGAGUCCUACCACUCCUACUCCCCCCAGGAUGACCAGAGGUCAAGGCAGUCGGACCUCUCGUCCCACUCCUCAAAUGAGAUAUCACGAGACAACCCCAGGGAAGAUCCUGUUACCAGAGUAGCAAAGAUGGGUGCCAUGGGCUCUCCCUUCAGAAUGCCAGAGGUCCUGCCUCCACCACGGGAAGUACCCCAAGAGGAGCCUCCUGGAGUCCAGCCACCAGCGACACUGAAGGCGACCCCCAAAAUCUUGCUGCGGCCGAGCCCGGAAGAUGAGGCAGUAUAUGGGCCCCACACCAUGAUGGUGAACUUCCAGAAGGGGGACAGCGUGGGCCUGCGGCUGGCCGGGGGUAACGACGUUGGCAUCUUCAUCGCCGGCGUACAGGAGGGUAGCCCAGCCGAGGAGGAGGGCCUGCGCAUCGGGGACCAAAUCCUCAAGGUGAAUAAUGUGGAUUUUCGAGGCAUCGUUCGGGAGGAGGCCGUGCUGUUCCUCUUGGAGAUCCCCAAGGGGGAGAACGUGACCAUCCUGGCUCAGAACAAGUCUGAUGUUUACGACGAGGUGCUGCUGUCGGGCCGGGGCGACUCCUUCUUCAUCCGCACGCACUUCGAGUACGAGAAGGAGUCGCCGCAGUGCCUGGCGUUCGGCCGCGGCCAGAUCUUCAAGGUGGUGGACACGCUGUACGACGGCAAGCUGGGCAACUGGCUGGCGGUGCGCAUGGGCAAGGACCACCAGCUGCUGGAGAAGGGCAUCAUCCCCAACAAGAGCAGAGCUGAUCAGAUGGCGAGUGUGCAGAACUCAUGUCGUGCGGCGGGCGGUGACCGGGCAGACUUCUGGCGCUUGCGUGGCCAGCGGGCGGCGAAGAAGAAGGACCUGCGGAAGAGCCGAGAGGAGAUGGCCGCCGCCCCCGUCAGCACGCGCUUCCCCGCCUACGAGAGGGUCGUACUCAGGGAAGCUGGCUUCAGGAGGCCUGUGGUGCUCUUCGGCCCCAUUGCGGAUGCUGCCAGUGACAAGCUGGCCUCCGAGCUCCCAGAUGAGUUUGUCGUUGCCAAAACCGAGCCCAAAGACGCCGGUUCAGAGAAGUCCUCUGGUGUGGUGCGCCUCAACACCAUCAGGCAAAUUAUUGAGCAGGACAAGCAUGCUCUGUUGGACGUGACGCCCAAGGCUGUGGACACGCUGAACUACACGCAGUGGUACCCCAUCGUCAUCUUCUUCAACCCCGACUCCAAGCAGGGCAUCAAGGCCAUGCGCCAGCGCGUCAUGCCCAACUCCAACCGCAGUGCCCGCAAGCUCUUUGAGCAGGCCACCAAGCUCAGGAAAUCAUGCUCCCACCUCUUCACCGCCUCUAUCAGCUUGAACUCGGCCAAUGAUGCCUGGUACGGCAGUCUGAAGGACUCCAUAAAGGAGCAGCAGACGCAGGCUGUGUGGGUCUCGGAAGGGAAGCUGGACGGGACGGAGGCGGACCUUGACAUCCAAGACGACCGCAUGUCGUACCUGUCGGCCAUGAGUGCCGACUACCUGAGCGCCGACAGCCGAUUGGCCAGCGACUACGAGGACACGGCGGACGAGGGUGGGGUCUACACGGAUAAUGAGCCCGAGGGGGACUCCUCGCUCACGCUGCUGCAGGGAGGAGGAGCAGGAGCAGCAGGCAGCCUGCACAUGUCUGCCAUCAGCAGAUCGUCUGAGCCAGUCAUGCCAGAGGAGAUCCUGCGUCGUAGCAGCCCUGAGAUCCGUGGGCGCGUUCGGAGGGUGGGGAGCAGGGAGGUGCUGCCAAGCGACUCCCCUGGUCCCCUGACCACCUUCCUGACUGAACCCCAGAAGGUGAAACUCCCCCAUCGAGACGAAGGUCAGAGGGGGGGUCCCUCCGACUCCAGCAGAGGCUACGACUCUCAUUCCAGCAGCCCCGCAAGCAGCGACCACCACCACCACCACCACCAUCACCACCAGCCCCGCAGCCAGGGCUCUCCCGCAGGGGGCCGACCCCCGCCAGGAGCACCUCCACCGGGGACGCCGGUCACGCUCAAGCCCCCUCCCCCCUCUGCGGCCCACGGCUACCGCGGCCCCGUCGUCGAUAGCCAGCCAGUUACCCCGGGGCCUGCAACAGGGGGGCCCGCAGCCGCCGCGGUGGUGAUGACGAUGGGGGUGGGGGGCCAGGAGGUCCCCCAGGACAGCCCCGAGGACCCGUCACUCAGGUCCUUCAUGGGGAAGGUGCGCGCCUUUGAGAAGAUGGACCACUUCGCCCGCGCACAGAGGAUGCUGGAGCUGCAGGAGGCACAGAACGCCAGGCUGGAGAUCGCCCAGAAGCAUCCAGACAUCUACGCCGUCCCCGUGAAGACCCCGAAGCUGGACCACAGCCGGCCCCAGCCCAUCGGGUCCAGCUCUCGACCGGAGCCCCAGGCGCCUGCGUCCAAGCAACCGUACGCGGAGGGGCGGCCAGGGCCUUACCAGCCCGACCAGGAGGAAGACGAUGAGUACCGCCGACAGCUCGCCACCGCAGAGCAGACGCGGAGAGGCUACCCGGCCCAGAGCACACAGAAGUAUCAGGACACUGAGCUGUAGAAACAAGGAGAAAAACCAACCAACAAACAAACAAACAAACAAAAACAAGUGACAGGAGGAAAAAAGACGAAGGUAUGAAGAAAGGAAAGAGUAUUAUGUGGACACGCCAUGCUUGGCUGAAAACAUGGUGACGCCAUUAGUGUACCACGAGCCUGGCUGGCACUGUACUAUGCCGUCCAUACAUUUUCAUUGCAUUUACUACGGUGGUCUGGAAAACCCGCCCCUGGAGUUUACUUUAGUAGGGGCCAAGGGGUGUCACUACAAAGCAAUGAGCAAAAUUAUAUCGAAAUUAUUUUCAAUCUUAUAUACAUGUGUAUAUAUAGAAGAUAUAUAUAUAUAGAUAGAUAUAUAUAGCAAUUUAUACAGCCUGGGCUGGUCUUUCCAUAAGUUGUAAGCAAAAAAAAAACCCCAGUCAUUUGGAGGAGCACACUAAACGCAUCAUCAAGAAGAGACAUAGCCAGACAUGCGGCCAUCUUUGUGUCAGUUAAAACUUUCAAUUACAACAGUCUAUCCAAAUCUUUCAGUCAUCUCUUCAACAACCGCCCCACCCACUCGGAUAAUUACUAAUUACUCGAUCCAUUGCAAAAUGUGAUGAGCCUAGCUCCUGUCAUUUGAGUGUCUUCAGGCUAUAAUCUAAUCCUCAGCAAUGAAUAGAUCUGCGGAUCUGCGAGGUGGGCAUGUUGUUGGCCCAGGCUACCAUUCCACGGGGGCAAUCCUCUGAGAUAUCCCCCGCCCCUAAUACCCUACUACACCCCCACCCCUCGCCCCCAAAAGCAAGCCCCCUCCUGAGCACCCCCAACACUCUGCUGCUGACAUGGAGGCACUCCUGCGUUUAACUUCCUCACAGUCACCUUUCUUCUGUUCUUUCUUGCUUCGAAGAAGUUAUUAUACUCUCUGUCCUUGUGGAUAGGAAUCGACUUUUUAUUACGAUUUUCUUUUUUUUCUAUUGUAUUUACCUUUGGAAAUUUCAAAGACUUUCUUUCUGUGUUGUUCUUGUUAUUUUUUUCCACCCUUUUGUGUUAUUAUUAAAUAAUGUAGGAACCCCAUUUUUUCUUGCCUAUGCAAAAAAAGAAACAGUUCAGUUUGUGCAGAGCUUACUGGAACGUAUUGCCACGACUCCCCUUUCACCUCAUCGGCACCUGAAGCCUGGUGUGUGCUACUGUACAAUAUAAACUUAGCUAUUUCUUCUGUUACGUUUUUUGUAUCUUUUACAAUGAGGAGCUGUAGCCUGUCUCCAGAGUCUGUAUAUGGAAAGGUCAGAGAAUAAUAGUGAUAAUGAUAAAAGAGUGUCUGUUUUUAUUCUUUUCACUUCUGUCAGCAUUCCUUUCCCCAUGGGGUAACACUUUAGAAUAAUGGUCCCUUAAAAACCUUCAUGAACAUUUAAUUAAUAUUCAUUAUUGAGCUCAUUAUAAACAAAUAAUUUUGCAAAUGAACCUACGCCUUCACAGCAGAGUGGGACCCAAAUCCAACUGGAUGAGUUUGAUGUGUGUUUGCCUGUCAGACACUUCCAUAUCCUGUGGUUUCAUCUUGUUUGCUGUUUGGAGGACAAACUCCCACUGCUGCUGUCUGAGUUGUGUCUGCUGUGUGAACAUAGUAUUUCUUACUCAUUUACAAACAUGUGUAAAUGGUUUGUUGAUAAUCAGUUCAUUAUUUACACAGUUUUUAUAAAGCUUUUCUUUUUUUAUUUAAAAAGGGCUUGUAUUCUAAAGUGUUAACACCUCAUGGAGAUGUGAUGUGGAGGGGCAUGGGUAUCACAGGAAUAAGAUAAAGUAUUUCAUUAAUCUGGCAUAAAAUAGGAAGAGGAUUGAUUUAUUAGAAAGCACAAAAUCCCCAUUGUGUCACUGACAAACUGAAGGGGCUAUAGGACAAAAGCUAAAUGGUUCAGUAAACGGACUUACUUGGAAAAGACAUGAACACAGGGAGAUGAGAAGAGAUCUAGCAUUAAAGUAAGUGUCCCUGAUGGAAUUUGUAAGUCGGUUUAUUUCUUUUGUUAAACACUGAAUUUGGUAUAGGUGAAAAAGUAUGCACUGCUUAUGUUUUAUGUUAUUUUUUGUAUUAUUUAUUCAUAUACUAUCACUGUAGUGUACCCGCUGUUUAUGAUUACUCGAUUUUCAAUGAAAAUGUCAAAUGACUGUAUCACUUUGUCAUGACUUUCCUUGAUACCCACGAUCCUCCACACUGUGAGUGUAGAAUGGAUCAAGUACAGUAUACUGGAUUUUGUUACGAUAUUUUGAAGUGCCUUUUUACUUUAUGAAAAGAAUAAAUGUAGAAGAGGCUUGGGGAUGUGACAAUCCAGCAACCCCUCUGGACUUCUACUACUAUACUAUACACUGCUGCUCCUCAUGUGCUCUGAAAUACGUAUUAAAAAAGGGGAAGAACAGGGAACUGAUGACACCAAAACCUUAAAAUGCUGUGUGUGCGUCACCCCCAACCCCCCCGUCCUCUGCAGAUAUGAAACUGAACAGGUGGUUGUGGUGACGGCUAGGUGACAUUUCCUAAACCAGAGGUGUAGGUGAGAGUGCUGAUCGAGAGGUUGUGAAACGGAUGCUUGUUUGUUGCUGUCGUCACGUCGUCAUUAUAACUAACUAACACACUGUUGCUGCCUCAAGCGUACACAGAAUUUUCUGGGCUUGAUUGUACGAUGGCCUGCUGUUUCUCCACACAAUGGUUCAAAGUGCUUUUGAAAUGGUCUUUUUUCUUUUUCUUUUUUUCUUUACUUUGUUUGUCUGAUGGCUUCCUCUGGUUGUGGAGAAAUAAUGUCAAGAGAAAGUGGUGAUGACUGGAUCUGUUGUGGAAUUUCACUUUACAAACACCAAAUAAAUCUACUUCAAUAAUCUUC